AAUACAAUUGUACUCCAAUUUCUAUAGGAAAAUCGAGGAGAAAAAACCAUCGAUCUUGAUGUAAAUUAGCUGUAAAUCCGUGUAUUUGUUUAAAUUAGUCAUAUCAUAAGUUAUUAUAAUGUCAUUCGAGAUUAUUAUAAAGAAUGAGCCGGUGGAUCCGGAAGAAAUCUGCAUCGGAUCGGGGCCGCAAAUGGAGACUGAAUUCGUCAAUAUAAAAGUAGAAAGAGUUGAUCCAACACCUGAUACUCAAGUGACAGUGAAGAUUGAGCCUCAGGAUGUUUGCAUAGAUUACGAAGCUCAAACUGACGGACAAACGGGCUCGCCUCAGGUCGGCAUUAAAUAUGAAGCGGAACAGACAGACAGACACACAGGUGUGGUGAAGAUUGAGCCUGUUGAUCGGGACUUACCUCAAGAGAAAGUAAGAAAACAGAAGAAACGCCAGGGCCCGCCGUCUCCGAAGCUGAUUCUGCCGGAUAUUCCGGAUUAUAACGAUCCAACAUCAGUAGACAGAGUCAACGGGACCUCAUCUUGUCCCAUCUGUCACAAGGUACUCUCGAAUCGAGGCAAUGUACAACGCCACCUAGCGCUGCAUGAGAAAAAAACAUACACCUGCGACUACUGCAAUCGCACGUACACAAAUAAGAAGUUUUUCGACAAACAUAUCUACUUACAUAGCAUAGAAAAGAAGUAUAAAUGUGACGUGUGUAAGAAAAGAUUUAAAACUGUUUCCAAUUUGGAGCAACACAAAAAGUCACACUUGGAAGUUAAGCCUCACCCGUGUGAUAUAUGCGGGCGAACUUUCGGUAUACGCGGCAAUAUGCUGAAGCAUAGGGAACGGCAUAAAGCUAAAACGGAAAGCUACAAUUGCCCUGUCUGCAAUAAGUUCUUCGAUAAAGAGUUUUUACUUAACAGCCAUAUGUCAAGGCAUAACGACGAAAAACCCUACAUGUGCGACAUAUGCUGCAUGAAUUUUAAGCAUAAAAGCACUUUAAUCCGGCACACGCAGUUACAUAACGGUAACAAGCCGUAUUUUUGCCAAAUAUGCUUCAAAAGAUUUACCUCUUACGGUUUAAUUAAACCUCAUAUGCGGAUACACACAGGGGAAAAACCAUACGUCUGCAGAAUGUGCAAAAAACCUUUUGCACAUAAACAUAAUAGGGAUAGACAUGAAGUCAGACACAGCAAAGUGAAAAAUCUAGUCUGCCAUAUUUGCAAUAAGAAGUUUCCUAGAGAAAGCAGGUUGAAAUAUCACAUGCGGUCGCACACUAAAGAGAAACCGUUUUCUUGUAAUGUGUGUUUAAGAAAAUUUUCACAUAAACAGAACGUUAUCAGGCAUUAUGACAGAAAACAUCCCAAUGUUGAGUAUGGGAUCACUAAGAAUGAGGUUAAAAUUGAAGAAGUUGAAUAAAAAAAAUAAACAAGUGCGAGUUGAACUCGCGCACGAAGGGUUCCGUACCAUUACGCAAAAAACGACAAAAAAUCACGUUUGUUGUAUGGGAGCCCCACUUAAAUAUUUAAUUUAUUAUGUUUUUAGUAUGUGUUGUUAUAGCGGCAACAGAAAUACAUUAUCUGUGAAAAUGUCAACUGUCUGUUUGUGAAAAUUUCAAUUUCAAAUUUCAACCCGUGAUUAAUCGGUUAAGUCGUUAACCCAAUGUCAAAUAUUACUGGUAACCAUGGUAACUCCAGGUUUAACCAGUUAUCCGGGUUGGUGAAAUGGUGCGAGUGGCGCUUAGUUGGGCAAUUUAGCUUACAAUUGCAUUUUCGUGCAACUAGUCUAAAUAUGAUAAGUAUUUCAUGUUUUUGUCUGUGAUAAGUCUAUUAUUAUAUUUGAAAAAGAUACUUGUCCCAUGAGUCACAGUUAAGGCUUUUGUAAUUUAUUUCCUUUGCGAAUUUCAAAUGUGUAAACUGCAAAAUUGCAAAACGUAAUUCAGGACCAAAAAAAGUAAGAAAUGUUGCCACUUUUUUACUAGCGCGUCUUGUAUUUAUGUAAAAAUACGUAAAUAAAAGUACUUUUUCAAAUUGCAGGAGUAAAGUUACUAAUAAAUAAAUUAUCUUAGCGUGAUUAUUUAUCAAAAUGAAUUUACUGUUUUACAAACAAAUUAUUGCUGGUUUUGAAUUUUUGUCUUGAAUUACGUUUUGCAGUAUAGGUAUGUUUCAUGGCAAGUUAAGCCUUAGGUCAAGUAACAACAGUCAACUGUCCAUCGGUGGACCUUAUGCCUUUUGUAAUAAGGUUUACGAACUGUCAGUUAACAGUGUGGGCGAUGGUACACAACGGUCGAGACUUGAGACCUCCAUAGUUUAAGUUUAUGGGUGUGUUAUGUUUAAAAGCUAUCAUCAUUUGCUAAUACUCGCGCCUUCAUUCAUACUCUAUAUUUAGGUAUUUCAAAUUAAAGUAAAGAAAUAAUUUGUACAUUUUCGGGUAGUUAUAACAUUUAUUGGUUAACCGGCCAAUUACAAAACCGCCUGGAUCUGUCACUGAGCGACCUGACUUUAACCUACAUUAUUUGAUCGUGUAAUGUUUUUAACUACCAUCAACUGGCUUAAGGAGCAAUUUGAGGGUAGAUUUUGUUUACUUCUAUUGAAAUACCUAAAGAUACAGACUGUAGGCUUGGUCGUAGUCGGCUAAAAAGAGACAAAAUAUAUGUAAAGCAUAUCCUUCACACCCAUCGAGUCAUAUAUAGGUAGUCAAGA